AUGUCUGCUUACGGGACUUACACACCCUACUACAACCCGCCUGAACCUACCGUCGCUGUCCCAUUCGCCGACGCCAAAGACAACAAUGUCCGAAUAACCAGGCACGAAGUCAAUUACACCAACAAUACCGUUGACAUGUGGAUUGAAUGGCGUAUGCAUCCCGACGGACCACUUCGAACUGUCCGCUUCGCCGAGUUCGACGUCCAUGAGGCAAAGCCCCAGAUGGUCUUUGACUACUGGGACAGCCUCGGGGGACGAGAGGCCGCUACCAAAUUGACUGAGAAGAAUGUCCAGGCUAUUACAGACGAGUGUGAAUCAUGGUACACAAUCCAGUAUACUGGAUAUGAUGAUAUGGCGGAUAUUGUGGCCAAGUGCGUCAUCACGUCAGAUCAUCCUCGGCUUGUACGUAACUGGGAUGAGGCCAAGAAGUCGAGAGGGACAACCGAGUACUGCUCGUCAACCCCAUCAGCCUGA